CUUAUCAGUAAAAUGCACCCGUCAUCUGACAAGCACACAGACUGUCAAAAGAUUUGAAUGGCGCGCCGCUACGGCUGCGCUGUAUUGGGUCAUUGCGGCCUGAUUUAUAUUUCCUAAAGAAACGCUACACACAAGUGUCAUUUACGCGCGCUUGAAAUAAGAGUGCUUCAGGAAUGUCUAAUCAGUACAAGCGCCCAUCUCUGACAAGUGGAGGAGGAAAAAGACGUUCUGGGAGCACAAAGUUUGAGCUUACGGAAGAACAGAAAAAUGACAUAAAAGAAGCCUUCGAUCUCUUUGAUCCAAAUGGUACAGGGACUAUUGACCCCAAGGAACUCAAAGUAGCUAUGAGAGCAUUAGGAUUUGAACCAAAGAAGGAAGAGAUAAAGAAAAUGGUUGCAGAAAUUGACAAGGAUGACAAUGGUAAAAUUAAAUAUGAGGAGUUUCUUACUCUAAUGACAAUAAAGAUGGCUGAGAAGGAUGUGAAAGAGGAGAUACUGAAAGCUUUCAAGUUAUUUGAUGAUGAUAAUACAGGCAAGAUAUCAUUUCUUAAUCUGAAACGAGUGGCAGAAACGCUUGGAGAAAACCUCACUGACGAGGAGUUGCAGGAGAUGAUUGAUGAAGCUGAUCGUGAUGGUGAUAAUGAAAUCAACCAGGAUGAAUUCUUCCGUAUAAUGAAGAAAACCAGUUUGUAUUGAUAUGGUAGUGAAGAAAACUAGUAAAUUUGAAAGUUUGAUAUUUUUCCCAUUGAGAAAGUACAAUUUUGGUUGUGGUUUUUAUUAUUGCAGUCCAUGGAUUUGUGAUCACCUUUUGUUGCAUGAUUCUUCUUGUGAACAUUCCGUGUGCAUUUAAAUGAGCUCUUCCAAAAUAUGAAACUUGAAAUUUGAUUUCUGUCUUGUAUGUGUUAUAUAUUUUGAUUUCUCCAUUGAAAUAAGUUUUUUAUAACUCGUGUGUUAAAAGUGAAUAGGUACAUAUAU